CCUGCCGAUACGCAUCGUUGUAGACUGAUAUCAAAGAUGGCGACUGGAACCGCGUAAAUUGGUGAUUCCGGAGAGUGACACAGAGAGACAAGCACGCCGUUUGAAGAGAAAAGAGAGAUCAUGGCUUUUGAGGAGAUCAAGAAGAAAGGAGUAGUUGAGGUAGGGAUGGAAGGGGAAGUGGGCCUUGUGGCUGGUCGCAGUCAGAGAGAGAAGAGGAGAUCAUACAAGGACCUGCUCAGAGAGGAGGAGGAGAUUGCUGCACAGGUCCGCAAGUCCUCCAAGAAACGGCCCAAGGACUCAGAACCUUUCUUAUUGGGAGGGGACUCCCAUAAGAAGAAGAAAAAGCACAGUGAAGACUACUAUUACAGAGACCAGCAAGGCUCAGGCCCACCUCCCCACAAGAAGAAGCGAAAGUCUUCGGACCACUCCCUUUCCCUGUCCUCCCAUCCCACAGACACAGCCAUGGGGCUCCUACAGGCCAUCACCUCCCCAAUGGCCACCGGCUCAGACCCGAGCCCACACCUGCACAAGAAGCCCUCCUACCCCUCCUUCUCUUCCUCCCACUUCUCCAAAGACCGCAAACGUGAUGGGAGCACCGGAGGAAGCAAAGGCAGCCACUCCUCUCACUCCCGCCCUAUGUCCUCAUCCUCCUCUUCCAAAAAGCACUCCUCCUCCAAGUCGUCGUCUCUGUUCCAUGGUGGUACCGGUACCCCUAAAGGAGAUCUCCUGAACAUACGUGAGCCGGAUGGGCUGAUGAUGAAGCUCAUGGUCUCGCCUAAGGAGAAGGCCGAAGGAGAGGGCUUUCCCUUCCCUCCCCACUCCUCCUCAUCCUCAAAAGGGGGGAUAAAAAAGGAGAAGGACAGAGACCGGAAGCAGCUCUCUAAAGUCCCCAAGAAGAUGCAGCAGAGCCGAGAUCCACUGCCUGUUGUGGGGAAAGAAGUGGAGGUGGAGGGGCACUACGGUGGGGGUAUGGGGGGAGACAGCUCCUCCUCGGGGGGCGAACUUGAGGCAGGAGAGCUGGUGAUAGACGACUCGUACAAGCAUCUGUCAAAGAAAAAGAAGAAGAGCAAGAAAAGCAAGAAGAAAAAGGAGAAAGAGAAGGACAGAGAGAAAGACAAAGGCGGGAGAGAGAAGAAGCACAGCAAAGGAUCAGGAGGGGACCCAUCGAGAGGCCACACCCAUACCCAUGGCUCAGCCAAUCACUCUGCAGCUGGUGGAAUGUAUGCCAUGGGGGCCCCCAUCCCUACUCCCAUCCUUACUCACCAUCAUCAAAGUAAUGAAGUAGCAAUGAUGGAGAAGAAGAAAAAGAAGGAGGAGAGGGAAAGGGAAAAGCACGAGAAGGAGAAAGAUAAGCCCAAGAAGAAGAACACAACAGCUUACCAGGUGUUCUGUAAAGAGUACAGGGUCAACAUCAAUGCAGAGCAGCCUGGACUAGAGAAAGACUUUACUGUGUUUGCAGUGUUCGGGGAGCUGAGCAAAAAGUUGGCAGAGGUGUGGAAACAGCUCCCAGAAAAAGAUAAACUGGUGUGGAAGCAGAAAGCUCAGUACCUGCAGCACAAGCAGAACAAAGCUGAGGCCACCACAGUCAAACGCAAGAGCUCCACAGAUGGAGUCAAAAGCAAAGGCUCUGUGAAGGGCAUGGGGCUGGGAGCAGGGCUGGUGUCCCCCAACCGGGCGUCUGUGGGUGUGUCCCUGUCACCAGCACGGGUCCCUGAUGUCGACCCCAUCGAUGCGGCCGCCCACCUGCAGCUACUGGGAGAGUCCCUGUCCCUCAUCGGCCACCGAUUACAGGAGACAGAGGGGAUGGUGGCGGUAUCAGGCAGUCUCUCUGUACUGCUGGACUCCAUCUUGUGUGCCCUUGGACCCCUGACCUGCCUCACAGCACAGAUCCCCCAGCUCAACGGAUGUCCCCGCCAAGUCUUGUCCAACACCUUGGACAAUAUUGCCUACAUCAUGCCAGGGCUGUGAAGCCAACAGAAACAUUCCUUUCCCGUCUACUGAGGGUCUUCGCCAUGAAGUAAAACAUUUGGAGUGAGAGUGCCCAUUAUAGAAGCGUGGCUUGUGGCUUGGGAUGCAGACAAUUAUUUAUGCAGCAAGGCAUUGGAAAACGUGGAUAUUAAUACUUUCAACAUGUUUUUAAAAUGUAUUUUAAAAUGUGUUCAUUUCCUUAUUUUUUUUUUUACUGAAACCUAUUUUAAUGAACACUCUUUUCUUUCCCUCUGGCAUGUCUGUUAGCGUCUUCAGAUUUAACUGUAUGUUUUUGUGUGAAUGUGUGUGGGCGUGUGUGUUUUCUAUGUGUAUACAGUAUCUCCAGAGGCUAGUUUUUACUCAAAAGGACAAGCCAGGGCCCAAGUCCACCAUUGUUCCUCUUCCAUCAACAUACCAUGAAAAUAAUAUAUUUGACAACUGUUCAUGUUUGUUUUACCAGUUAAUUACAUAAUGACUUGUUCUUUUGUAUAUAUGCUAUUUUACUGAGUAUUAAGGUUUAGAUUUUGAUUGUAGAAUUAAAUUUGUAUACGGUAGAAACAUUUUGAGGCAAAUGCAAUCAAACUACUGUUGUGGGUUUUGCAGCUUUUGAAGCACAAAGCUGUAAGCCACAUUUUCAUUAAUACAUUUCUUCCUCUGAGUAUACAGUAUGGAAAUGUUGACAAUAAAAAUGACAGUGUCAACAUGCAGACUGAGCAUAGCAGACUUAUGACUGGUAUGUACCACCACCACCUUUUUUCAACUACAGCUGUUGUUCUGACUCCUAAACACAAACCAAUGAAUGAAUAAGGCUUGUAUUUAUUGUAACAAACCAUUGUAGUGUAUCAAGAUCAUUUACAUUUUAAGGCCAGUUAUACCAGUUAUACAACUGAAAUUGCUAUUUUUAAGUGAGUAAAUGAAUUGUACGUGAAAUGCAGCAGCUACCUGUGAAUCCUCAGGAUCCUUGUCAGACUGAGGACGAUAUGCUUUUCUCUACACAUACAAUAGCACUAGAACACUAUGUCUGUGCUUCCACAUGCCUCUGUGUCCCAGCCAGGGAGGAAUGCAAAACCUUCUCUAAUGACGUGUUUUGGAUUUUUGUUAAUCUCUCUAAACCCGAGAAGUAAAAUCUAGUGUAAUUUGGUCAGCUAAUUCAUACGUGUUAGAAAAUGAGAGAACGUUUGGUGAUACUGAUGAUUUGUCGCCACAGAUGGUUUAUUUAAAUGGCAAGUUAAGCGAACUAACAUGACUGGUUAGGAUAAUAAACGUGUCAGGUUAGGAGAACGAGGUCAAGGUUACGCCUCGAUCACACUGGCAUUGUUUUGCAUUUUGGUUCACCAGAAGUACAUUUCCGAUGGAACGCUGCGUUUGAUUUGCAACAUUGCGUUGCUGUGCAUUAUAUGUGGAGCGUACAUUGGAUUGAUUGAACGUAUACGGCUUGACAGAAAUGGUAGAAGAAGGUGAAUGUUUAACUUUUGUGGCACGCAUAUCCAGAUGAUGCUGCGCCAUUUUGCGCUUGACUGUUGGUGUGAUCGAGGCGUUAUGAAAAUCGCUCAGUUACAACGUUACGUUUUCAACAACAGUUGUCCCCGACGCGACCACUAGAUAGAGCUGUAGGCCUAAUCCAUUUAACCAAACCGGUAGAAACGUAAACAAACUUUUUGGCGACCAAUCACUGCAUGUGUAUAUGAAGAUGGCGACACAUAAUAAGUAUCGACAUAACACAAUGGUCUUCAACCUGUUCUUGCCCAGGGACCCCCAUCCUAUAUUAGCACCAAAAAAAUAUCACGACUUAUCAGGUGAAUUAAGUAAUCAACAUUUUAAAAUGAAUAUAUUUGGUAAAUCGUUUUUCAUUAUUUUGACCCCACAUAAUUUGGAAGAGGAAGUGUAAACUCUAGCAUAUCAUAUUAGGUAGAACGGUAACACAUUUUCGCUAAGAGCAUCUGUUUAACUGGUUAAACAAAGGUUAGCCAUGUGUUGUCAAACAUUUGUCCAAAUCAAAAAAGCUUACCAGAAAGCCAGUGGCACUUCUGCACUGGUGGCCUAUUUGCAAGUGCUUUUUCAAAGCCUAUGUCAGACACUCCAGUGAGUGUCAUUUUGUAUAAUUUUGACCUGCACUGUUGGAGCUUGAAGUUUAAGAAUUUCACUGUACCCUGCAAUUACAUCUGCGACCAUGUCAUUGUGAUGAAUAAACUGAGAAAUAAAACUGA